AGGAUGCCCGAGGGUCCCGAGCUGCACCUGGCCAGCCGCUUCGUGAACCAGGCCUGCCGCGGGCUGGUGUUCUGCGGAGCGGUGGAGAAGUCCCCAGUAAGCCGCAAUCCUGAGGUGCCCUUUGAGAGCAGCGCCUACUGCAUCUCUUCCAUGGCCCGAGGCAAGGAGCUUCGCCUAACGCUGAGCCCUCUACCCGGGGCUCUGCCAGUCCGGGAGCCCCUGGCCCUGGUCUUCCGCUUCGGGAUGACCGGCUCUUUUCAGCUGGCCCCCGCCGAGGCGCUGCCACCCCACGCCCACCUGCGUUUCUACACGGCCUCUGCUGCCCCCCGUCUGGCCCUGUGCUUCGUGGACAUCCGCCGCUUUGGCCGCUGGGACCUGGGAGGCGAGUGGCAGCCAGACCGCGGGCCUUGUGUCCUGCUGGAGUAUGAACAGUUCAGGGAGAAUGUGCUCCGAAACCUGGCAGAUAAGGCAUUCAAUCGGCCCAUCUGUGAGGCCCUCCUGAACCAACGGUUCUUCAAUGGCAUUGGCAACUACCUGAGAGCAGAGAUCCUGUUCCGGCUAAGGAUCCCACCCUUUGAGAAGGCACGCACUGUCCUGGAGGCUCUGCAGCAUCAACGGCUGAACCCAGAGCUCACUCUGAGCCAGAAGAUCAGGAUCAAGCUGCAGAACCCGGACCUGCUAGAACUUUGCCACUUGGUGCCCAAGGAAGUAGUCCAGCUGGGUGAGGCCGAGGGAACCAAGACAGCUUGGGGCAAAGGCUAUGGGCCGGAGCAAGGGGAGGAGGACUUCGCUGCCUUCCGAGCCUGGCUGCAGUGCUACAAUGUGCCAGGCAUGAGCUCCCUGCGGGACCACAAUGGCCGCACCAUCUGGUUUCAGGGGGAUCCUGGCCCCUUGGCCCCCAAAGGGAGCAAGUUCCGAAAAAAGAAAUCCCAGGAAACCCUCCCAGGACCCAUGGAUGGAAUGGAGUGCCCUCCACCUCUAAUCAAGGGACCUUCUAAGACACCAGGGGCUCAAAGGGACCUUCCUGAGAUGACUACAGCCCCCCAGCCUGACAGGCCAGGCCUCCAACAUGACCCAGAAGCUCCCAUAGUCCUUGAGAAAGGGAGGAGGCGGCGGCGGCGGCAACAGGCCACCACAGGCCGCCGCAGAGCACGGAAGAGGAAGGCUGACAGCCCAUCUGAGGAAUCUGGGGUCACCACAGCCUCUUAGCUUGUCUCCUUGCUUGCACUUACCCUUUUGGGUACCCAGCUGGGAACCUGAGCCUGUCCAAGUUCCUAGAAGCAACACUGGAAGGGCCACAUAGCUGUGGCCUGUGGCUGUUCAACUGUCAUGUUUUUAAUUGUAUUCCAUAUUCCACAUUUUUAAAACACUCAUGGAAAAUGGAGUAUUUUUAUAUGAACGAAUAAAUUUGAACUUUCUGGCA